UGGCUGACGACACAACCUUUAGAGUCGUUCUGUAGGCCAGUCAUCGUUCACACAUCAUCCAGUAGGGAGUUACAUCAGAGAAGCGGUCUUGAGUCCAUUCGUUUCUGCUGGUCGCGAUGGUGUCCUUGCUCUACAUCGUUCUCGUGCUGGCUCACGGGAUUGUAAGCAAUGGACAGAAUGAUUUCGAGCUGCUGGAAGUCGUAUCUUCUGGACAAAUCGGCCCGCAGGAAGCUACGUCUUCUGGACAAGGGGAAGCUGCGAGUGACCGAGCGUUAUUAAAAGACUUGGUUAACGUUCUCAAGAAAUUCAACAUUACGAAUGAUCGUCGUUGCCCUUUCCCUUUUACUCAAGUACUAGACAGCUGCUACUACUUGAGUGAGGUAUCCCUCACAUGGAAGGAUGCUCGGAGAUACUGCCAAGGAAUGGAUGGUGACCUGGCCACUCCCAAGCACCUCUACGCCCUCAAAUCCUUCAUUUUUAAAGCACGAGCUGCCCGGGUACUUGUGGAUCGUCUCUACCGACGAAGAUGUUUUGCAUGCGCUUGCAGAGACUACUACUCGACGCCUGGCGUGUUCCUGGGCGGCGUGAAGAACGGUCAACACAGCUGGCACUGGCUGGACGGCCGGCCCAUCGAGGACGGCUACUGGUACCACAACGAACCCAACAACUACUACGGCCGGGAGCAGUGCGUGGAGAUGCGCCUCCAGUGGCACCCGACUCUCAACGACGAGGAUUGCAUGAAGUCUCAGGAGUUUGUGUGUCAGUUUCACCUGCCCGAGUGAGAGGGAUAGUUGGUGGUUGGCGUGGUGUGUGGGCUAGAAUUAUUUGUUACGGGUUAUUCCUGCCCGUGCCACCUCUUGGGAGGGUGGCUUCAUCGUCAUCAGUCAUCAAGCGAAGUGCUCCCUGAGAUGAGGCUUGAGUUAGUUGAGCUGAGCAUUGCCACACUCGCGCUUUAUCCGUGUUCAUUUUCUCUCUCUCUCUCUCUCUCUCUCUCUCUCUCUCUCUCUCUCUCUCUCUCUCUCUCUCUCUCUCUUUCUCUCUCUCUCUCUCAUAGACACUGUCAAUAAGACUCCAAGAGAGCUGUGACUGUACCUUUCUCACCACACCUGUGGAUUCUUACUCAGAGCAUUUGUAAUAUUUGCACAAAUAAACUCCAUUUAAUUAAGUUG